AUGUUUGCGGCAAACUCAAGAGCAAGAGAGGCAGCAGCAGACGGAGAGGCUAGGCAGCCUCUGCUGAAUGCUUCACACGAGGAUGUUUCAGCGGAUUCAAACCAACUUGUCUUUUCAGUGGACGACGAGGACUCGGAAAGCAGUAGUGCAGAGCCCUGGCCGUCUGCGCGGAGGACAGAACACAGUGUCAGAUUUCAGGAAGAAGUACAGGUCAUUGGUCCACCUUUACGGUCUACAAUACAGAGCCGAGAGGCGGAAUAUGAACUGGACUCGGACGACUUUGAUGAUGCUUCACUAGCUGAUAUCCAGCGCGAGCAAAGGCGCUCUCGAGGGGCUCCACGACGAGAACGUACUAUGCCUUUACUGGUUGGUCUCAUGGAUGCUUCUGCGGCAAGGAGAACGCCAGACACGACCAUUCCUAUGUACGAAGCAGAUAGUGCGGAGGAUGGAGAGGGACUUAGAAACGUAGACCUUGACAACCUCGCUGAAAAACAGUGGUCAGGUGGAGGUCUACUGAACUCGGUUGCCAAUAUGGCAAAUUCAAUCCUCGGAGCUGGUUUGCCGUACGCGGUCAGUCAAGCAGGCUUCUUUUUUGGCAUCGUUCUUCUGGUUGUUCUUUGCGCCGUUACCGAUUGGACUAUCCGAUUGGUUGUCAUCAACGCUAAGCUCAGUGGCAGAACCUCCUACAUCGAAGUCAUGAACAGUUGUUUUGGCCCCAGUGGUCGUGCAGCCGUUUCAUUCUUCCAGUUCUCAUUUGCUUUUGGUGGCAUGUGCGCGUUUGGUAUUAUCAUUGGAGAUACGAUACCCCAUGUCAUUCGUUCAAUAUUUCCCACUUUGCACACAAUACCUGUUCUCUCACUCCUCACCAACCGCCAAUUCGUCAUCACCCUGUGCACAACCUGUGUUUCUUAUCCAUUGUCACUCUACCGCGACAUCCACAAGCUUUCACGUGCAUCCGGGCUUGCAUUGCUCAGCAUGCUCGUCAUCGUUUCAGCAGUACUGAUUGAAGGAUCGCACGUGUCGCCAGAUCUCAAGGGGGAUCCAUCGAAACGCCUCACCGUGGUGGGCCCAGGGGUCUUCCAGGCCAUUGGCGUUAUGAGCUUUGCAUUUGUGUGCCAUCAUAAUUCUUUACUCAUCUACGGGAGCUUGAAGACCCCCACCCUAGAUCGGUUCGCUCAAGUGACGCAUAUAUCCACGAUCAUCUCACUCGUGGCGUGCUGUACUUUGGCUAUAUCAGGUUUCUGGGUUUUUACAGAUAGAACUCAGGGGAAUAUAUUGAAUAACUUCUCCGGGAACGAUGCGUUGAUCAAUGUCGCCCGUUUCUGCUUCGGGCUGAAUAUGUUUACGACGUUGCCCUUGGAACUGUUUGUCUGCAGAGAAGUAAUCGAACAAUACUUCUUCUCGCACGAAAGCUAUAAUCUUCAGCGACAUAUUACCGGCGGUGUCUCAGCCACAGCGCUUGCGUACAUAUUUCCUGCUGCAUGCUACCUAAAACUGACCGACCCACACGUUCCCUUCCUGCCGCAAGCCUGCCUUGCAUUUGGGGUGGCUGUAAUGACCGUAUCCCUCCUUCAGGUGAUCCAAAGAGCGUACAUGCCCCUGGGCGAACCAAAGAUGUGUAUGGCAUGA